AUGGCACAUCUAGAGUCAGGUCAUUCAUACGUCUCGGUCGAGUUUGAAAUAUUCGGAAAAGUACAAGGAGUGUACUUUACCAAAUAUUGCAGAGAUCGAAGCACUGAACUUGAUAUUGUCGGAUGGGUAAAAAACAGUAAAAGAGGCACUAUAAUGGGCAAAAUGCAAGGACCAAAAGCAAAUGUUGAAGGAAUGAUCGCAUGGUUGUCAAACGAAGGAAGUCCCGGAAGUAAAAUUGAGCGGUGUGAUCUAAUGAACUUUGAAUAUUUGGCAAGGAAAGAGUUCAAUGGAUUUAGCAUAAGAUUUUAA